GGCAACAGAAUAGCGCAAACAAUCAAACUGACUGUCGGAUCAGUGCAGCAGCAGCAGCAGAGAGUGGGACAGCGGGGUUGUCCCCGGGGAGGUGGGGUCCGUCCCAUGUGUCGACUGAUGGAGAGAAGAGGGGCACAGCACAGUGAGUUUGAUGGGACACACAGUGCUACGCGGAGAGAGAGAGAGAGAGAGAGAGAGAGAGAGAGACUGCAGUCAGGCAGCGACACGAAGGAGCAUACAUGUUUAAAGAGGCUGCAGCAGAGUGGGCUAAUGAUGAGGUGUGUCAAGCAAGAGAUCAGCGAGAUGACCGAGGUUAAAGAUCUGUCAACCCGUCGAGCUUGGGACUGGACAAUACCCCUCAAAACCAUCAGCAUGUGACUUUUUGGAGGAGUUUAUAGAGCCUCGCCAUGCACUCUCUGUGGAAUCUCUGUCUGCUUCUCCUCCUCUCCUUUCCGCUCUCACUUCAUGUCGCAGCCUUCAACGAAGUACAUGUCAGGGAUGCACAACAGCCAGACGACAACACGGAAGCGCGGCGUCGCACACCUCCACCACCGAGACCACAUGGCUCUGGCUUAGCACCGAGCAAUCCAAUGUCUGGGACGAAAUAUGUUGACUUCCCGGGUCUGCCUCUGAGCUGGCCGCUUUCGUCAUCUGAGGAAUCCGAUAGAAAAGGUGCAAUGGAUGAAGACAUUGCUUUCGAGGAGAGCACAGAGACCUCUCGUUUGUAUCAUAAUGAGAAGGGGCUUAUCAUAUCCAGACUUUCUGAUACAAAGGAUGAGACAUCCAAGGAGAGCGCACAACCAACGAGGUCUUCAUCAGGAGGAGCACCACCUCGCUCCACCCAGGGACAAACAUUAAAGUACAAACCAGCUGAGACAAAAGUAUCCAUAUUUGAGUCCGACCAGUCAGAAGAGAAUCAGCCAACUUCCCCACCCUCUCCGGAUAAGGCGGCCGCCGGACCGCCUGCUUCUCUUCCGCCCGGCUCACUUCUAACAGUUCCGGAAUCCACUCCGCCGCCGUACGCCGGAGCCCGUCCCGACCCCGAGCACCCCACUCCACCAGUAGCCGUAUGGGGACGGACCACUGGACCCUCCGUUGUCAUGCAGGACGGUGCACAGGGCGGGACAGUCCCAGUGAAAGGGACCAGAGAAGAAUUGAUUGAUAUUAUGGGUAAUAACCCGGGCAUGAAGGCAGACAAUGAUGACUCCAAGGAGAAUGGCGUGCUUCUUCCAAAGACCAGUGACACGCUCUUGCGUGACGGCGGCACAGACACACCUGCCACACCCUGCAAAACAUCAGACCAGUCCUGGACACCCACCUACCCAGAGGACUUUACCCCCACCGAGUCGCCGCGCCCCGAUCUGACCCUGGGCUCUGCCCUUUCCAUCCCUCUGUAUUCGGACUGGAACUCUGCCCUCGCCACGUGGGGAUUUGCAUGGGAAGCACACGUCUACGGCCUGGGUUCUGUUUUUUCUGUAUUCGGCCUAAUCUCUGUGGUUUGUCUGUUAGGGUUGCCCCUGCGCUGUCCCGCGGGAAGCCCCUACUUCUUCCUGCUGCACUUGUUUCUUUUAGCGUUCGAAGGGAUUCAAGCUUUUUGUUUGCUCUAUGAUGCUUAUAAUCACCAAGAUCGUCUCCCCCCUCUGGGCUCUCUGCUGCUCUCUGAGCUUUCCUUUCCCUGCUUGAUUUCAGCCUUCUCCCUUGCCUUCAUCCUGCUUUCCCUGCGCUCACGUAUGCAUCUUUCAUUCCCACUUGCUAAUUCCACCUCGUUUUCAGCCUUUCCCAAGCCAUGCCUGCUACUGUGUAUGUCCAUGCUGUAUUCUGGGGUGUCCCUAGGCUGUGUUGGCCUGCUCCAGCUCUUCCCCAGCCUCCCCUCGGUGAUCCUGCUAUUCCCUCAGGGUGGGUUUGUAUGUCUCACCAUAUUCCUCUCAAGCUCCUACCUUGUAUUCUACUGCUUUAUGCAAUUCAACACGAAGCACCUGUACCGGCUGAAUGACACUGGAGAGAGCGGAGGAUCUCCUGAAGAUGUGCCAUCUUCACGUUACCCCUUUUCCAAAGUGGAGGACUGGGGUAGGGCAGCAGGAGCUGGAUUAGGGGCUUCCUUGUGUUUGUUAGGGUGUGGAGGCCUCCAGUUUUAUGGGAUCUUGCAUGCCCUCGGUUUGGGUGGGGUUGAUAGCUACGGUUUCCAGCCCUGGCCCUGGUGGGGUUACCAGGUAGGCUGCAGGCUCUGUGAGAUUGGGGUGUGUCUAGGUUUGUCUCUCAUUGGUUCACACCCUCUAUUCUGCCAAAACAACUCUUCUACCGAGUCCUUAACUAACCCCCGGCCAGGAUCUUGGUCCCGUCUCUCGUGCGGCUCCCAUUCACGAGGGCUCAUCAAGCCCUCUCAGGGAUGUGCAGAUUCUCCUGUCGUCUCCUCUCGUGAUUCUGGAUUCAGGCUGGUGGCCUGUGAUGUCAUAACAAAGGAACAGUCAGAGGACCUUCCCCUUUUCCCAAUGGCGGAUCAUCCUCGGAAUAGGCUUGUCCCCAAUUCCAGCCAAACCCAGAGCACUGCUUUCCUUACACCCCCAAACCCACGGUCCAAGCCUAACAACGCAGUUGAGUCUCAGCUAUCGUCACUGGAUAGCCUGAGAAUGGAGACGGACUCAACUGCGGAUCUGCGGCCCCCAUCUCUCAUAGACCUGUCCCGUAGCAUUGACCAGGCUCUGUUCAGCGAAUCCCUAUUCUCUCACAGUAUCUUUGGUUUGCCGAGACUCUUUCAUGCUUCUUCCAGCCUCUCUUUGAGCUCUCCGAGCCAGGGUGAAUCACAGCAAGGGCCCAGCUCUAUGCAAAAUGCAUUAUACCGAACCAACUCCUGUGGUGACAUGGAACAAGACAACGGCCUGUCCACUUCAAGACCUUCUAAACCAAACAGCUCGUUGACAUCUCAAGGCAAGUCACCGGUGUCACCGGAGCAAUGGAAUUGGAAGGAGAGCGUCUCUGGUUCGACACAAGGCCUUUGCAGCAAACCCAAGGAGACGGGGAAGUGCCGCUCACUUUCCUGGGCCAAUAGAGGUCAAAACUUUGCUGAGAGCAGCCUCCCCAGAGCAAUCCCCCACCUGUCAUACCACCGGCGUUACAGAACCCUGAGCUUGGCCUCUCGGGACGGUUGCGGAUCUGGCCGCCUGGCCGGUACUAAACAUCUGAGUGAGAGCAAACAGCUGGAAUGGGAUCUGGCCGUGCAAGCGGAGUUUGUCAACGUGUGCAGACAAAUUGACGCUCUGAGUGUUUGCAGUGACACCAUUGAAUUGUAGAAAGUUAUACAUGUUCAUGUCAUGAUUAAAAUUCACGUUACGUUGUACUGAAACAAUACUCCAAUCAGGUUAGAUGCAUCAUAAAAGUUAUACACAUGUAUGUUAUAACCUUAACUUAUAAAAUAAAUGAACAUUACUGAUAUUAUUGAUACAAUAUGGAGAUGUAAAUUAUUUUCCAUGAUUAUUUCACAGUUUAUAUUAUGUAUGUUGAAAACUUUAUUUGCAAAUGCUGUCUUCAGUUCAUCUCAGUUUUAAUAUGUAUACAACUUACAGUACAUGUUGAACUUUUGACAUUUUAACUGUAUACAGAAAUUGAAAGGGACGUUUAGUUAAUAGAGGGCCAUAUUUCAUAGUAAAAUAAUAAUACAAUAACUUUGUACUAUUGAUGUACUUUUGUGUUUUCAAUAGGAGAAAAUGUUGCUCAGAAGGAUGAGUUAUUGUAUCACUUGUGAUUGGAUGGACACAAUCUUCUGAAAAAUGAAUUCAGCAAAGGGAGCUCUGUGAGCUCAAAGGGAGCUCUGUGAUGCUGAAGUACAACAUUUUGCAACAACUUAUCAGCACCUCGCCUACAAAGCCUACAAACAUACUUCAUCAUGGGAACUACAGGCGUUUUGGUAUAUAUGUAUAAGAUUAUUAUAGAGUAUUUCAGUGUGGUGUAAUAAACUUAAGACAUAAGACCAGGAUGAUUUUUUUUUACCGCCUCCUCAGUCAACCAUCUAAGGGGUAUUCUGGGAAUGUUAGUACUACAAUCAAAGUUGCAAUAAUCCUACACUUUUGAAAGUGGCUUUGAUAAUAUAUAUAUAUAUAAAUAUAUUUACCACUUCAAGGGAAGAUAAGAAAAACAAAAGUUUCACUUCAUAUAAUUAAACAGAAAUGCAUCAAAACGCCGUUGCCAAAAAUGAUCUUUAUUUGUGCAACACUAUUAACAUAGACAUAAUUUUAAAACCGGUGAGAAAGUAGUUAUAUCUUAUCUGUAACCUUUAAUUAAGAAACUAUUACCAGACUGUCAAACCAUUGAUCAACCCUAACAUGAUCAACCACUACAUGAGCUCAGUUAUUUGAUUGGAUGUUAUUACAAAAUUAAAAUAAACUGUGUAUUGUUAUACCAAAGAUGGUGAGUAACACAAAAGAAAAAAGAAAAACAUAUUUAAAACGUAUCAAUCAACUUGAAACAACUUUUUGUCUACAACUCCAUAAAGAAAGAAAUCUAUCCAGGACAAUUGUUUUGUUACAACAGUUCCCCACUGAGUGUGCUUUAUUUAAUUCACUCACAAUUUAAUUAUUUUAAUAACCAACCUGAAAAAAUACAAUAACCGCCUUUAUUAUAUAUUACAUACAAUCAAUAGCUAUAAUGUUAGUUAAUACUGUGUUUAUGUUUUAUGAAGAAUGGAUGAUCCCAACAUGUCAAGCCAAUGUGACUUAGACGUAUUUGCAGUAUGAAGCCAAAAUGAGGAUAAUGUACCUGUAUGUUAUUAUAAUCAGAAAGAUGUGUACAGUCUUCUUUAAUUUUUCUCUUUUUAAACAUUUUUUUCGGAAUUAAAAUGUUAAAUAUUUAACAGUUAUGUGUCAUUUGUUGCUGAAAAAGCAUUUGACCGCUUGAUGCCGUCCUUACGUUUUUGCGCGCUGAGCUGCACAUACGAUAAUAAACUUCUGCAAGCUU